AUGGUGGAUGAUAAAUCAAGUGGAGGCAAUGCGAUUGUACCCGUAAGUAGCCAAGGUAGCAGUAGCAUAUCGUUGCAAUGUCCGAAAUUGACGGACACAAAUUACACUUCGUGGGCGAUUUUAGUUGAAACAAUCCUACGGGCGAACGGUCUUUGGGAGGCGAUAGAUCCGGUCACCGGAGCUACGGUGGAAGAGAAGAAGAACUACACGACCAAAGCUAUAAUUUUUCAGUCUUUACCGGAGGAUGUUUUGCUUCUUGUCGCAAAACACAAGUAUGCAAAGGACGUGUGGGAUUCAAUCAAGGUUCGUUAUCUAGGGGCUGAUAGAGUUCAAAAAGCUCGGCUAUCAAUUUUAAGAAGCGAUUUGGAAAAGCUGAAAAUGAAGGAGAGUGAGACACUAGACGAGUAUGCGGGAAAGAUAAGCGGGAUUGAAGCGAAGUUCAAGAACUUAGGAUCAACUCUUGAAGACGCAACUAUGAGGCGGUCGGGUCGAUUGAAGACGUAUGAAGAAAGGCUUAAAUCCCUUGAUGACGAAGAUGAUCAAGGCCAUUUAUUGCUUACAAAGGAAGAUUGGGAGGAAAGAAGUAGACGGGGUGAUUUUGAUCAACCCGGACAAGGACGUGGUCGUGGUCAAGGUAGAUAUCGCGGCUAUGGUAGAGGUCGAGGUGGUCGGUUCCAAAGCAAUGAAGAUCGAAAGGAUCAAGGUUGGUAUAGAGACAAGCGAAACAUCAAAUGCUAUAAUUUUCAAGAAUACGGACAUUAUGCGAGCGAGUGCCCUAAGAAGGAAACAAAAGAAGAAGAGGUGAAUUUGAUUCGAGACGAAGAUGAACCGACACUACUCUGA